AUGAAGCAGACAUCAAGCUCACUUAAGGACACGAUUUCGAGAAUCAUGAAGCCAGAAAGCAAUGUGGACACCUCCCAAGUGAAAGGAAAUGUUUCUCCGGAGGUAAAACAUGCUCUGCUCAGCUCUCUGGUGCAGCCAAGCCACGCCUUGCGGUCGACUGGCAAGCCCUUUAGAGGUUUCAAAGCCGAGUUUGUGUCCCGGAUGCAAUUGGCAGAAGCAUCUGUAUUGUCAAAGGCAGAGGAGCCGGAGCAACUCGAAGGACGCACCGUCUUUGAAGUGAUUGUGGAUGAAGACAUGUUUAAUGAUUUUGGAACCAUGCACGGGGGUUGUUUGGCCAUGAUAAUUGACAUCUGCUCGUCAAUGCCCGUUUAUGUUCUUGGGGCCUCGACAAGCGCUUAUGGCGUAUUCGGUAUACAACAGUCUCUGAAUAUUGUCUACCACUCACCAGCAGUGCAGGGCGACAAGCUACGGAUCGUAAGCACGACACUUACCCUUGGUAGCCGGGCAUGCCCAGGUCGUUGUGAAGUAUGGAAUGUUACGCGGCACCGGUUAGUCGCAUCAGCUGUACACACUAACAUGGUUCCAUCUAAACCGAAGGUAUCUGAAUCUGCCAAACUCUGA